AUCUAUUGCAUCGGGGAUUUUUGUUUUUUUUUUAACCAAACCUUUUAUAAAGGGUUCAAUUACCCAGUUGAGAAGGUAGAGGAUUCAUUUUCAAUCGGCUUUAACGGUUGAGGACUACAACCCAAAUUUUGGGGGGCUAAACCGCUAAAUCCCAAGUCCCAACUGCUACCAGAACUUCCCUCUGUUCAAUGUGUAAAUCAAAAUUUCUCUCCAGAAAGGGCCAAUGCAUCGUUCUACUGAAGCUCUGUUCUUCAAUCAAACAGCUUUCCCAAAUUCAUGCCCAAAUUGUUGUUUCUGGUCUCCACCAAGACAGCUUUCUCUUGAGCGAACUAGUAAGGUUUUGCUCGUUGUCUCCCUCCAAGAACCUGAGUUACGCGCGUUCUCUUCUUGUUAACUCUGUGAAUUCAGCGCCCUCUUCAUGGAACAUGCUCAUCAGAGGCUAUGCUUCGAGCGAUUCUCCCCAAGAAGCAACGUGGAUAUUUCAAGAAAUGCGAAGAAGAGGCGUUGAACGCAAUGAGUUAACGUACCCAUUUGUUUUUAAGGCCUGCGCUCAGGUUUCUGCUGUUCAGGAGGGAAUGCAGGUUCAUGUGGAGGUUUUGAAGCACGGUUUGGAAUAUGAUGUGUAUGUUGGGAAUAAUUUGGUGCAUCUUUAUGGGUGCUGUAACGAGCUAUUGCGUGCACAGAGGGUGUUCAAUGAUAUGCCUGAGAGAAGCGUGGUUUCUUGGAAUGCGAUGAUUACAGCUUGUGUAGAGAAUGGGGGAUUGGAGGAGGCACUUAGGUAUUUUGUUAAGAUGAGGGAUUGUGGGUUUCAUCCAGAUGAGACCACAAUGGUGAUUGUGCUUUCUUUGUGUGCAGAGAUUGGGAAAUUAAGCUUAGGAAUGUGGAUUCACUCCCAAGUGAUUGAAAAAGGUUUGGUUUUGAAUUGUCAGUUGGGUACUGCACUUGUUGACAUGUAUGCAAAGUGUGGAGCUAUCAAUUAUGCUAGGCUAGUUUUUGACAGAAUGGAGGAGAAAAACGUAUGGUCUUGGAGUGCCAUGAUUUUGGGAUUAGCCCAACAUGGGUUUGCUACAGAAGCCCUUGAUCUUUUUUCGAGGAUGAUGAAGGAUUCUUGUGUACGUCCAAACUAUGUCACUUUUCUUGGAGUUCUCUGUGCUUGUAGCCAUGCUGGACUGGUAAAUGAUGGAUACCGCUAUUUUCAUGACAUGGAACACCUUCAUGGGAUUAAGCCCAUGAUGACUCAUUAUGGUGCCAUGGUUGAUGUCUUGGGACGUGCUGGUCGUUUGAAAGAGGCUUACGCCUUCAUAAAGAAAAUGCCUUUUAAGCCUGACCCCAUUGUGUGGAGGACAUUGCUGAGUGCAUGCAGUGUUCAUGAUAUUGAUGACAAGUAUGGUGUUGGGGAUAAAGUAAAGAAGAAGUUGCUAGAGUUGGAACCAAGGAGGAGUGGGAAUUUUGUGAUGGUUGCCAACAUGUACGCAGGAGCUGGAAUGUGGGACAAAGCAAAAAAUGCGCGGAGGGAUAUGAAAGCUAGAGGAUUGAAGAAGAUGGCAGGUGAGAGCAGUCUUGAGUCAUGUGGGACUAUUCAUAAGUUCUUUUCCGGGUGUGAUGAUUUUGAUGGUACCUGUCAUUUGCUAGAUGUAUUGAACUUGCACAUGAAAAUUUACCAAUUUCAUGUGAUGGACCCUGGGGAAUAGGUUUUAACUAUUUAAUAAAGUUUCCUUGAUGUC